GGCCUCACCCUGCGAGUCAUCGGAACAGAAUGUGGGAUGUGGUGAUGCAAUAUUAGUCAUCUCUUUAUACCGGAAGAGAAAUCAGAAGAAGGAUUCACUGGACAGCACACUGAAUGGUCAUUUGGAUCUUGUUACAACUGCAGUGGGAGAACUUGACAAACAGGUUUUUUUUGUGGGACCGCCUUUAGCUCGAAACCACCUGCAUCUAUAUAAGUCGGCACCCUUCUUCCUGAAAACUAGAAACCAAGACAAGAGCUGAGAACACUCAUAACGAGGGGGAAACUGAAAAAGAAGGACAGCCAAUCCCCACUGCAACAUAAACAGACAAACAGACCCUGCUCUUAAGCCGAUCAGCCCGGAAUUAAAUCAGGACACUCACAGAGGAGACACAAACAAGACAAGAAACUCUUCGCUUUUUGUCCAAGAAGAAAACUCGCCAAGAUGAUGAUGCAGCAGCAGCUCGUAGAAACUCCCAACCAGAAAAACUCCCUCUUCAACGCCAUGAACCGCUUCAUCGGUGCCGUCAACAAAAUGGACCAGACGGUGAUGGUGCCCAGCCUGCUGCGGGACGUCCCGCUGGAGGAGGACAGCGAGAUGAGCUCCCUGAAAUGCGAAGAGGAAGAGGGGGACAUGUACAGCUACUACCAGCUGCUCAAGUCCAUCCGCAUGGACAUCGAGUGGGGGGUCAGGUGCGCCGCAGCCGACGAGAGGCGCAAGGAGAGCAUGACGAUCAGCCGCAAGAGCUCGUCCGCGUCCAUCUCCUCCUCCGCAUCAUCGAUGUCAUCGAUGUCAUCAGAGGAGGAAGACGAGGAAGAGGACGAGGAUUUGCAGAAGCAGUUUCAGUACCAUCUGACUGGGCUACAAGGGGUGCUGUCCAAGCUCACACUGCAGGCCAACUGUCUCGUCAAGCGGUACAACCAGGAGCUUGGCAUGGGAGGAUGGGGCCAGUAAGCUGAGGAGCCCACAAGAACUGAAAUAUUAUUUUUAUUGUGGACUGGCUGAACUGAUUUCUGUAAAUGGGACUUUUAACUAAGCUGCUGUUACUACUGAUGACAUGUGGGGACAAACUUUGAAUGGUAGAGAAAGAGGCAGCUUAUUUCCCUCUUUAGUUCCUACAUGGUGUCGGUCAACUUUGGUAUUAUUCACUGUAGAUGUGUUGAUCCUGAAGCUUGAGCAUUUGUGUACUGAACACCAAACUCAUAUGGUUUUGCACUCCAGAAGUUUUGUACGCACGAUGAAUUCAGCCCCUGUGAUACGCAGAUGAAACAUAUAUUUAAAGAAAUUGUAUAUUUAAUGUAUAAUUUAUUUUCAGAGCCAAAUGUUAUUUCAAAGUUGGAGAAGGUGGACUGCAUGAACUACGAGUCGCAUCGUCUGAACCGCCCCUCUUAGGGGAAUACUGAUGAAAGACUCAGCUUCCUGUUUGUGUUGCUGAUGAUGUCAGUGUGUUCAGAUGUAUCCGUCUGUGUAUGAUCAGUGCUCCUUUUACAUCUGAUGUGUCUGUGUCUUUAAAUUGUGCUCGCAUGGAAGGAGGCAGAUGCUUACUGUACUGUAGCUGCCCAUGAUCACCUAAUGCCCUACAUGACCAAUGAACCAGAAUCAACUAAUGCUUCUGCAAAGACAAUAAUGAUGUUUUUUUUCACAAGAUGCAUUGUUGUUAUUGCCAUUUGUUUGCUAUAAUCAUGGUAUUGUUGGACAUGUCCAUCUGUCAAAACAAGCAAAUGCUUUUGAAUGCACCUUUGCGUAAUUUUUUGUACUGACUGCUGUUUCUAAAAAUAAACUUUUGUAUAAACUUA